CAUGUGUAUAUUCUGGUAAAAUGACCACACCUCUGCGCCUACCUCUUGCAAGAUCGGUACUCUGCACAUCUCGACCACGUCAGUAUCGCAUCAGCAGCUUUUCAAACCUAAAGCAGCUAUCCACCAGUACAUCAGUCAAGAUGCCAGAGCAAUUGAAGCCCGAAGAGGUCAACAGCAAAACCGACCCGUCCGUGUCCAAGCAAUUCGACACUGAGACACCGAAAGACGUCCAAUUUAAGGAACUCUAUGAGCUGAUUGACGGCAAGAAAAUCAGUAUCCUCUCCACGUAUCGUAACUCGGUAGGGCCUGUUGGUCGAUCCAUGGCCGUUGCCCAACGAUCGGGCCCGGAUAUCUUGUAUCUCGCCAACAAGCAUAGCAGGAAAUUCCAGGACCUAGACGCGAACAAAGAGGUGCAGAUCACAUUCCAGGACAGCAAGACACAAGAUUGGAUCAGCAUCUCAGGCACCGCGACAACGACGAGUAAUGACGAUCCACGCAUCAAAGAGCUUUACAGUACUGGUGUCAGCGCCUGGUUUGGGGAUCUCAAGGACGGCGUGCAUGACGGCACGUGGAGGGAUCCGCGAAUGAGUCUGAUCGAAGUCCAGAGCAAGUAUAUCGUUUAUUGGAAGCAGGAGACGUCUUCGCUUGGUUUCCUCAAGGAGGUCGGUACAGCUGCAAUGACUGGCAGCGUCGCACAGACUGGUGUUCAGCGUGAAUUGCUGGAGGAGGAUAUCAAGCAGGAGAGAGUCUAAGGGUAGUCGGCAUUAGUAUAUGAAACAUUCUUCGGCCUGUGGACUCUCAAUUGUGCACAUUUGUAUCACACAUUUCUACCACUCUGCUGUACCAAUA